AUGUCAGAGCAACUUGUCACAGGGUCCGCUAUCCAUCUUGCAGCCAGCCGCGGCCACAGAUGGCUAGUUGAGAUGCUCCUAGACAGGGGAGCCAGCAUUGAGAGCAUGGUUCAGAGGGAUGGCUUGCCCUACGACAACGUCAUCCAUGUUGCUGUUUGGAAAGAAGGGCGUGGUGGGGAUAAAGACAUGAUCAGCUUCCUGUGUGCUCGGGGAUCAGACAUUGCCAGCACGAGAGCCGACGGGGGGUCAUGCUUGCACGUUGCCUUUAUGACAGGCAACGAAGCAACCAUACGCGCAGUGCAAGACCAGAUGGAAGAAGAUGGUUGCAACACACAUGAAUUUCUUUAUGAUGAUUCUUCUUCGGCUGAGCGGACAGAGACUCCGCUCGAGCUGGGUAUCAAAGCUGGGAAGUUGAGCCAGGAAGCCCUUGCCGCUCUGGCGCCCCCGCACCUCAGCAGCCUAAGGGUGUUCAUUCACCAUGCGCCGGAGUGCAUUCCUUCCUUUAUGGUGCGUCUCAUGCGUGCCGAAUCGGACAGAGGUGUGACCGUCUCUGGAGGUGUGGCAGAUGUGCUUUUUGACAAGCUGUCUUCACUGGACAUUGCCCGCUUGAUUCUUGACUUCCCGGAGGCUUUUGCUUCCUUGCUAAACGUUUGCACAACAAGGCCGGCAGUAGUGUGCCCAGGUUGGCAUCCGCUACCGCAGCGCAUGUCCUUCGCCGGCCAACAUGUUUUCACGAGGAUGUAUGUUUGGCUUUUUGGGGUGCCUUCAUUUGUAACCUUUUACGUGCAGGACACACAAUGGGAAUUUAAUGACGCCACAUAUUCAGCUCCAGCGUGGCACCAACAGAUUACAGCCCAGAAGUCUGCUCCGUACAAAGAUGUCAAGAUUCAGGUUUGCCGGCUUCCAAAUAUCAUCUCGCCCAAAGUCUUUGCACCGCUUGUUCGGAGUGCAGACCAAGGCCAAUUCCUUCACUUGGUUCCCGCAAUCCGCGCAGCAGUGUCCCAUACUUUCUGGAACGGUGCUGUGUGGAUGGAAGUUUCUCAGUUCAUCCUUGCACUCUGGGGCCUCAUCCUUCUUGUUAUAGAGACCUUGCACAAGCACGAGGCGGCUAUGGCGGCUAUGGGAAGUGAUAGGGAGAUGACAGAAGAGGCAUUUGACCCAAGCUAUGCUGCCGACAGCCUGACGCAUGGCGUGGUUGCUGACUGGAUCAUUGCAAAAGGCAUCGUUGACCUUUUGCUGGAGCUUGUGCAGAUCUGGGGCUGUGAUCUGGUAGGGGAACUACGCAGCUAUGCCACCCUUGGCAACAUUUGGGACUUGAGCCGCAGCAUCAUUCCCAUCUUGCCAUUGGUCCUCCAUGGGCACCGCUGCUUGCGCCUGCUGGUCGUGCUGAUUUACUGGGCGCGCCUGCUCGAGGGGUUGACCCUCUCGGAGGCGAUGGGACAUGCUCUAGUCCCGCUUCAGAAGCUCUUGAAAGGUUUGCUGCCUGCCUUGGUCUUCACAAUGCUCUCCUUCGCCGCGCUAACGCAUGCCAUGUUGACAGUGCAGCUGGAAGCCACAAGGUUAUGGCCACAGACCCUUUUCAUGACUUUCACCACUUUUUUGUCUCAGGGACUGCCAGAAGAUUCUCCCAGUGACAGUCUUGAGCUCUUGGUGCUUUGUGGUGGCAUACUCUUCUUUUCCAUCUUCGUCCUCAACAUCUUUGUUGGUGUCAUCAAUGAUCGCUAUCAAUUUGAAAGGGAACGUGCUGCUCUCAGCUUCGCCAACCUCCGUGCUUCAUCGUGUUUGACUUACCUCUUCCGAGUGUGUGUGCUUCCCUGCCAGAUUGUCAAUGGCUUUGUGGGUUCAGUCGUGGCAGUUGUGUGCAUCGUUCUAAUGUUCUGUCAACAAGUGAUGGCCCUUGUCUACGGUAAGCAGCUGCCAGGAUAUUUGCAGCUCGUUGCCUUGUUGGGGUGCCAGGUGACUCUCUCCAUAGCUGCUCUCUCCAUAGCUGCGUUUCAAUGCAUGGGAAGUGCUGAUGAUACGAUCGUUUCCGACCUCAUGGAAGCCCAGAAAGACGGCUACAUCGUGGCAUACCCAUGCAAGAGGUACCUUUGGAUUUGUGAGACCCGCGAAGGUCAUAUCCAGAGCUCAAGCAGCACGGGGGGUCAGACAGAUUCAAUACUCCAAGGGGACUUGCCUGGAGGGGAGAUGCUAGAUGAACAGCUGGACACCUACAUGAUGGCGAUCCGUGAAGUAAUCCGGGAAGAGUUCCAAGUCCUUCAAGAUCGCAAGGACUGUUUUGAUCAUUCUCCCAGGCCCACCCUGCUCACUGGACCUCGUCGACGCUUUCCUUUUCGGUCCAAGCAGCGCUCGGUCGCUACGAUGCGAGAAGAGCUGGACACACUGCGAGAGAGCCAUGCCAGGUUGCUCGAGGAAAACGCGACGCUGCGGAAGAAAGCCGAGGUGGACAUUCCUCAUUGGGCGUCUGAAGUGCGGGAAGUGGCCGCGCAACUGGAGGAGUCUGCGCAGCCCAUCGCUACAGUGCCUUUAGGGGAACGGCUCUUGGGCUACGUGCAGCGUCUGGCUGAAGCUGAGGCGGGCCUCCGUGGGCUGCGCGGGGCACCAUACCGAGAGGAGCUAGAAGAGCUCAAGAAAGCGUUUGCUCAACACCUGGAAGAAGGACAACGCCGGGAGCUGGCCUUGCGUCACGAAGUCCAACGGCUGCAAGGGAUGCUGCCCGAGUCUCCCAACUCCGUGCUCUGA